AUGAGUCAUUACCAAGUCUUCAAAACAACUUUGGAAGUUUUAAAAUUUGAAGCUGAAUUAGAGGAUCGUAAUAAACUCAAAAAUGUUCUUGCACGUCUCGAUGGCAGAAAAGUUAAAUUGACGGGCUAUAAUGACUAUGCUCAAGUCAGAGCAACUGAAGCAAAAAGUGAUUUUCCUAGUCGACAUGACUGGGAUACAUUUUUCCGCGAUGCUAAGAAUAUGGACGAGAUGAAAGCUGGUGAGCGACCAGACACAAUGUACCUUUCAAAUUUGCCGAUAAAAUGGUUUUGUUCGAGGCAUCAUGAAAAUGAAGAAAAUGUUAAGCCGAGUGAAGUUCUAUUUAAAAGGAUCUUUGAGAAGUUUGGAGAAGUUAAGUUGGUUGAUAUUCCAAUAUGUGACCCGUACCGUCAUAAAAUGAAAUCAGGAUUGACAGGGUUAAGAGAUUUUAGCUUUGAAAAUGACAUGUACUUUGAAGGUUAUAUUCAGUUCUCUGAGUAUGGAUCGUUUGUGCGUGCUAUGGAUGAAUUUCGUGGAAUGAAACUUGUACGAAAAGAUGUGGACAAACUCUUAGCUGUAAACAUUAAUGUAACAUUUGACAAAACGAAACAUUUGAACGAAGCAAAUAUAAAACGACGGAAAUUUAUUAGAGAUCGAUUAAUUGAAAAGGAUCGUGAAAAAGCUGAAUUGGAAGAGAAAAAAAUUCGCGAAGAACAAGAGAAAAACGAGAAAGAAAAAAAACUAGAAGAGGAAAAAAAGAAAAUUUAUCUUGAAAAACAAAGGCAACGAGAAGAACGCCGUAAACAGAAAUAUAUUCAAAAAAUAUCUCAAAAAGAAUCUAUCGAGCUCACCAAAAAAAUACACAAAGAGCAAAGAAAGUUACUUAAGACUCAACGAAAAGUUGAAAGUAUUCGUCUUCUUGAAGCGUUGUUAGACCGGAUUAAGACUAAAUGUUCUGCUAAUGACAGAGGAGCUCCUAUAAAAGAUUUCAAAUGUUUCGAUUUGCGCACUAAAAUACACAAUAAUUCCUCAAAUUCCAAAAUUAUUCAUCAAGAUGACAUAAAAAAAGAAAGAUCUUUAAGCAUUGCAAGUAUCAGUUCUAAUGAUAGUAUAUUGACCCCGCUUUAUCAUGGAAUGGUUCGUCCUUACGUCAACCCAAAUUUCCAUGGUAGAUAUCCUACAAGACCCUGGGGUAGUCGAAACAGAGGGAGGGGACGUGGAUAUUAUUCAAAUUAUAACUACAAUGGAAGAUACAAACGAAACUAUAAUGACGAUGAUGACUAUUACAAUGAUCAUGAUAGACGUUCACCUCGUCGUAAUUACUCCAGAUCUUAUUCUAGAAGUCGAAGUCGCUCAAGAUCACACCGAAGACGAAGAUCAUCUUAUUCCAGAAGUAGAAGCAGAUCUCAAAGUAGAAGUUCCAAGAGUUCUAGAAGUCGGACACCCAAACGUUCGAGUUCUAGAAAGCAUAAAACAAAAUCUCGUAACUCUCGCAGCGUUUCUAAAACUAAAUUAGUGACAACACUUAGAGACGGAGAUAUUAAUAAGCCUCCACCAUCAUCUAGAAGAAAUCGUUCAAGGAGCGGUUCAGCUUGGACUUCCGAUGGAGGUAGAAAAUCUGAUAAAUCAAGGAAAUCUUGGUCACGUGAAGCCUCUUCAACUAGAGAGAAAAUUAGUAUUGAGCCAGAAAAACUUUUGAAAAAUGCGCGUGAAAUUCAACUUCAUGUUCAACAGAAGCUUAAAGAGCAGGAGGAAUCAAAAGAGAAGAAGAUGCUAGAUCUUUUUGGAUCUGAAAACGAAGCAGUUAAUUGAAAUAUUUCAUUGACUUUGUAUGAAAAUGGACGAAAAAUUUCGACAUCGGCAGACUCAUCAAAAGUACAAUUGCCCAAACGUGCAUUCAAAAGUGUGACACUGGAAUAAAUUAUCAUUUUCAAAAAUGUAACUGAAUAUAAGCUUUAUUGUUUUUAUUCUCAUUUUUGUGCUCCGAUCGUUUGAAUUUUAAAGUGAUUGUGAAAUAAAAACAAAAAGUUUUUUUCUUAAUUUGCA